GAUGCAAAGGAGGAAGCAUGGUAAAGGCAGCAUCUUUCCAGGAUCCAUGGGCUCUUUGAGAGAUGAUCAGAGGGAGGCCAGAUGAUCUGCACAACACGCACGCCACUGUUUCUCAUCCGCAAAGGCAGCAUCGGAGCGUUCUCCCCAGCCCCGUGCCCCCCGGCUUGCCCGAUCGUUUCCGGAUGUUUCGCAGCUGCGAGUGGGAGGUCCUGGAGCGAUCCCUCAAUAUCCUCCAGGCCAGCGACUUCUACUGGGGCCCCUUGUCCGUGGGGGAGGCUCACGCCAAGCUCCAGCGGGAGCCCGUCGGCACCUACUUGGUGCGGGACAGCUCGCAGGGGAACUGCUUGUUCAGCCUGAGCGUGCGGAUGCCCACGGGGCCUGUCAGCCUUCGGAUCUCUUUCCAGGAGGGCUAUUUCCGCCUGAAGAACUGGUUUUCAGACUGCGUGGUCCGGCUGCUGGAGCUGGUGGUGGCGGGGACCCGGAACAACCCCUUGCACUUUGAUGAGAUGGGGGGAACCCCCCUGGUCUUCUCCAAGCCCCUGUGCCGGAGCCGCCAGGCAGUGCCCACGCUGUGAGAACUGUGCUGCCGGAGCCUGCCCGCU